GGGGCGCACGCCCGAAGCGGACGAACCCGUCGGACCCGCGACGACCAACGAAGGAACGGUUUGCCAGGCGGUUUUUGCACCAUGACCAUAAAAUGGUUCCUGGCAGUCUUUCUUGCCCUUGUGGCAGACGCAGCAAGCCCAGUUGGCAAGGUGAUCAGCUUGCUGGAGGGUAUGGCCGGAAGCAUCGUGGAAGAAGGGAAGGCUGAGGAGAAAAAGAUCACGGAGUACUCAAACAUGUGCGAGAAGAGGAUCGCGCAGUUGGAGUAUCAGAUCAACAGCGCCAAGACAGAUGCGGACGAGUUGAGUGCUCGCAUCAGCAAGUCUGAUAGCAAGGCUGAGGCAGCCACCUCCACCAUCCAGGAGACGCAGCAAAGCAUUGGAGGCGACGAGGCGGACCUGAAGGCCGCCAGCGAGGUGCGCAAGAAGGAGAGUGCCGAGUUCGUUGAUGCUCAGAAGGAGUUGCUGGAGGUUACUGCAACGGUGGAGCGUGCCGUCUCUGUUUUGGAGAAGGAGGAGAGCAAGGGCAGCGCCCUCUUCCAAGUGCAAGGCAAGGGAGUCAACCUCAAGGUGCCGAGCCUUCUCCAGGCGGUCCAGGCCAUGGUGGAUGCAUCCAUGAUUGGCCACGAGGACGCCCAGACCUUGACUUCUCUGAUGCAGGAUUCAGACUUGCAGCCAGUGGCGCCUGCCUACAAGAGCAAAAGUGGUGGUAUCAUGGAGAUGCUCGAGGACAUGAUGGACAAGACCAAGGAGGAGCUGACGAAGCUUCGCAGCAAGGAGACGGAGGCCAAACAUAGCUAUGAGAUGCUGACCCAAUCCUUGCAGGAUCAGAUUAGCUUUGCACAGCAAGAGUUGGCCAAGACACAGAAGACACAGGCGGAGCAGACGCGCAUCAAGGCCGAAGCUGAGAAGGAUUUGCAGCAGACAAAGACCAGUCUGGCAGAAGAUGAGAAGACUUUGAGUGACUUCUCUUUGGACUGCAAGUCCGAGGUGGCAGACUAUGAUGAAGCUGUCAAGAGCAGAGGACUGGAAUUGGAGGCCCUGAAGGCAGCCGUUGCGACCUUGAAGGAGUCCUCAGGCCUAUCCUUUUUGCAGCUUGAGGAAGAGCAGCACAGGUCAGUGAUACGCAGUACGCUGGACCUGAAGCACUUUGAGGUGGUGCGCAUGGUGCGUGCCUUGGGCCAGAAGUUGGAGGAUCGUCAGUUGGUGCUGCUCUCCAGGCGUAUGGACUCCAUGCUUCGCGGGGAGGCUGGCUCCAGUGCUGAUGUCUUUGCAAAGAUCAAGACGAUGAUCUCAGAGAUGAUCACAACCAUGCAGGAGAACCUCCAGGCUGAAACCACCAAGAAGGCCUACUGCGACGCGGAGAUGGGCAAGGCCAAGGACAAGAAAUCCUCCAAAGAGUCUGACCUGGAGACUGUGAGCACCCGCAUUGAUGCUGCGGUCUCCAAGUCGGCUUCCCUCAAGAAGCAAGUGGCCACCAUCAAGUCCGAGCUGGCUGAUUUGGCCGAGACGCAGGCCAACAUGACCAAGCUUCGUCAGGAGGAAAAGGACUUGUUCGAAAAGAAGGAGCCCGAGACCGAGAAGGGCAUGGAGGGCGUGAAGUCCGCGUUGAGGACGCUGAGAGACUUCUACAAGGGCUCUGGUGUGCAGGUGACCAGCGGCGAGCGCAAGGGUGCUGCUGGAGGUGUGAUUGGCCGGCUCGAGGAUGUGGAGGCUGACAUGGCUAUGAGCUUGUCCCAGAUGCGAUCAGCCGAGAAAUCUGCAGAGACCAACUUCGACAGGGACUUGCAGGAUAUGAAGCUGGAGAAAGCGCAGAAGGAGAAGGACGUCAGCUACAAGACUUCGGAAGCCCAGAGGUUGGAUUCAGAGCUGAACAGCCUCAAUUCUGAUCAAGAGAGUUGGAAACCCAGAUCUGCAAGUUGUUCUUGCUAUUGAUGAACAUAAUGAUUGUCAAUGUCUCGCAAAAAGAAUCUGGAUCCUUUGAUCUAAGUCAUGAGAUGGUGUCAUGUCAGCUUGAACCCAUGUUCAAAUGUACAAGAUGGAUUUAAAGAAGGGAACUCGCAAGAUGUCGCCUGAAUUGCAGACUAUCUCCGAAUUAUUCAAUUCCAGCCGUUUGAUAACCAGAUCGGCACCAUUGAAUGAAGACUGGAAGCAAAAGUGAAUGUGUGUUGAAACCCAUCUCCAAGUCCAACUGGGACAAGUCUGUUGGGUUUGGCGUGCUCAACAAAAAUGCAGAAAGAUUCGGGCAGGAGAAGGUUUUCCUGGGCGAUUUGCCGACGUUUGCAAGCAUGACCAACGAUCCUAGCAUCAUGGAAAUUCUGAUCAGAAUUGAAGCUUUAGAGAGACGAAAUCUGAAUCCAUUUCGUCGUUCAGAGUGGCUCGGUUGCUUUUUCUUGCGUGGAAAAAUGAAACAUGUGUUAGUGGCAUUGCAGUUGGCUUCAAAGGAAAGUAUCGUGAUAGGUAGAGCUGAAGCCAUGAAGACGCGGCAAAAAAGAACGGCAAAAAAGGC